CCCUACGUAAAAUGCCUUCCAUCCCAUGAAUGAAUUCCCUUUUAAAGGCUUUCUCCCUCGGAGCGCCAGCCUGCUAUUUCAUCAUUUUCAUUUCCAACAUUACACAGCAUGAGAUAUUAAAUCUUCAUCUCUCUUUUGUUCUUUCUUUCUUUCUUUAACAAGGUAGUUCUUACUGAAGAACAGAAGAGAAGAGAAGAGAAGAUAAAGAAAGAAUCAAUCUUCAAUAUUUGUUAAUUGUUAGGGUCGGACCGGAGUGUAAUUAAUUUCCGGAUGGCGGAGAUAUGUUGUGGAGUGGUUAAUGAGAGUGAGACACCGACGCCGUGCGAGCCAAGCCCACGUGCAGCACGCCGGAGGAGAAUGGAGAUCAGACGGUUCAAAAUUGUCAGUGGAGUGGCGCCACCAGAAACGGAAAACGGACAACAAAAACGGCCGAAGAGAGAAGUUUAUACAACGUCAUGUUCUCGUGACUGCGAUUACGCUGUAGAGAACUGUGCUUCGGAUGAGGACGAAAAACAACUAAUAAUAAAAGUAGAAAAAGGAAAAUCGGAAACAAAAGGGAUAGUAAUACCGAGUCAUCGUUUAAGUUCUUUAGCAUUACAAGAAUCUUACCCGAAGUACGGCGUCGCUUCGGUUUGUGGGAGAAGAAGAGACAUGGAAGAUGCUGUGGCAGUUCAUCCAUUCUUUUUCAGCCAAAACUACGAAACCACCCCUGAAGAAUUGCACUAUUUUGGUGUUUACGACGGCCACGGCUGCUCUCAUGUUGCGAUGAGAUGUAGAGAGCGGCUGCAUGAGCUGGUGAAGGAAGAGCUACAGAAUAAGGGAGCGGAAGUAACGGAAUGGAAGGGGGCGUUGGAAAGAAGCUUCACGCGCAUGGACAAGGAAGUGAGUCUGUGUAAUGCUGCGGCGGUCAAAGCUACGUGCAGAUGUGAGCUUCAAACGCCAGAGUCCGAUGCCGUUGGAUCUACGGCGGUUGUAGCUAUCGUAACGCCGGAUAAGAUUGUCAUUGCCAACUGUGGAGAUUCCAGGGCCGUUUUGUGUCGUAGCGGCAAGGCCCUUCCUCUGUCUUCUGAUCACAAGCCGGAUCGACCAGACGAGCUGAACCGGAUCCAAGCAGCGGGUGGCCGGGUUAUCUAUUGGGACGGGGCCCGAGUGCUUGGAGUGUUGGCUAUGUCAAGAGCAAUAGGUGACAACUACUUGAAACCGUACGUGAGCUGUGAGCCAGAGAUAACGAUCAUUGAUCGGACGGCGGAGGAUGAUUGUCUGAUAUUGGCGACGGACGGCCUGUGGGACGUGGUGUCGAACGACACAGCAUGUGGGGUAACGCGUAUGUGCUUACGUGGCAAGGUCCGUGCACCAGGCACGGCAGCAGCAAAAGCAAAAGUAACAAAAUCACGACCGGGAUUUCCGGCGGAGAACGAGGUAGGGACCACCAAUAAUGGGUGGGAGAAAUCGGACAAGUCAUGCUCGGACGCGGCAUUGUUACUGACGAAGCUGGCAUUGGCUAGGCACAGUACUGACAACGUGAGCGUGGUGGUGGUGGAUCUUAGAAAAGCCACGUAACCAUUAAGGAUGAAAUAGAGGAAUUAAAGUUGGGUUAGUUUAUUUGGGUGGUGGUAGAGUCGAGGGUUUUUUUUUCUUAGUUUUGAACGACGCUUCUUUAUCUUGAAAUCUUUUUAAAAAAAAAAAAAAAUUGAGGGUGAAGAUGACGAAGAAGAAGAGAUGGAAACUGUUGCAAAGGAAAAUGGAUACAAAUUAAAACUUAAAAAAAGGCAAAAUCCAACAAAGAUAAAAUUGGAUUGCUAAUGUCAGAGUUAAAUGUUUUUCCUUUUCCUUUAUUUUUUUUUUUUUCGGUUUUCAUUUCAUUUUCAGGUCGGAAUGUCAAAUUGUCAAUAUCUUCAAUUCUUCAUCAAAAAUCAAGAAUAUGAAAGGGUGUAAUAGUUUGUGAAGUGAAUAUAAAUAUAUUUUAAAUCA